AUGGAAGAGGUGAAGCUUCUGGUUUUUGUGGGAAGCCCAUUUGUGUGCAGGGUGCACAUUGCUCUAAGGUUGAAGGGAGUUGAAUACAAAUAUCUUGAAGAAAACUUGAGCAAUAAAAGUGAUCUGCUCUUGAAAAGUAACCCAGUUCACAAGAAGGUUCCUGUGUUUGUUCACAAUGAGAAGCCCAUAGCAGAGUCCCUUGUGAUUGUUGAGUACAAUGAUGAGACAUGGAAAGGCAAUCCCAUUUUGCCUUCUGAACCUUACCAAAGAGCCUUGUCUCGUUUUUGGUCCAAGUUCAUAGAUGACAAGAUGAUGAUAAUGUCUACUCAGUGGAGCUCUUUCAACAAAUGA